CUUCGAAUUCGGAAAUUUCAAAGAAGAAAACUUUACCAAAAAAUCACCCACCAAAAUGGUGAUGUUACAAUCACCAACAAAACCCUCGGAUACUGCAGCGCAGACCGCCAUAAACGGCUCACAAAUGAGUCCCAACUCCCAACCCGACUCACCCAAAUCGAAUUCGUCGCCAGAGGUGACCACUAAGUCCACAGCCGCCGCUACAAACAACGACAACAACAGCAUGUCAACACCUAGUACACCAUCAUCGGGAUUACCAUCGCCAACGGGAAAAAUACCCAAAUUUAUUAUUACCCCACAAAAUAAUCAACAGGCUGUGAACAACAACAACAACAAUAAUAAUAACAACAACAAUGCGAAUAACAAUAACACCAACAACAUGAAGAACAACGAAGAAUGUUUACGUUACUCCAUGGAAAGGUUAAAACAAAUGACCGAACAACAGCUUCGGCGUUCUGCAUCGCCCAAAAAUGAGGAUUCCGAAACUGAAAAUGGCCAGGAGAACAAUAGACGUUCCCAGACACCUCCGAGUGGACAACAACAACAUCCACAACAACCUUUACCGCCACCACCACAUCAACAAUUGCAAUUUAUCAAUGCCACACCACCCAGGAAAAUGUUGGAUCUAAAUUCCGUGCGACAAUUAGCCCGGCCGGAGCCACUGCAACAUCCCCAUGCAGCUCUGUUGCAGCAACAUCCUCAUCUCUUGCAAAAUCCACAAUUUUUGGCAGCUGCAGCCCAUCAUGCCCAGCAUGGUCAUGGGCAUCCCCAUCAUCACCCGGGUCACCCAGUGUUUCAUCCACAUUUACCGACGGCUGCAGCUGUGGCAGCCACAGCAUUUCAUUUGCGUGGUCCACCAUUACCUCCAACGGCCACUUCCACGCUGAGUUUGCCCGGUCACACACAUGCCCCCUCACCGGCCCAUUCGCCAUUGUCGCCACCCAACUCGCCGCCACAUUCCGAACCGCAACAAACAAAUGGACUACAAAUGCCUUUACCCAUAUCAACGGCAACAUCUUCCUCCGCCAGCAUUGUUCCUUUGACCCCCCACAACAACAAUCCCCAACUGUCAACAAUUUCCUUACAACCCUCGUCACAACAGCCCAGUGUUCCAGCCGUAACAUCAGUCCAUUUAUCUUUAAGUCCCUCAUCGUCAUCGACCACAAUCUCAUCAAGUUCGUCCAGUUCACAUCUUCAUCAUCAGCAGUCACAUCCACAUUCUCAUCCUCACCAGCAACAUCAUCAUCAUGACAUGGAUUUGGAAAAAUUGAAAUUGGUUGCCCAAGCCCAGGCAGCAGUGGCUGCCCGUUCCGCCGUGGCAGGUGGCCCAAAUGUUGUAUCCAAUCGUCCUGAUUUAAGUGAUUAUGGGUUUAGAAUACAAUUGGGUGGCUUGGCGGCGGCUGCAGCAGCAGCGGCAGCCACUUCAAGACAAAUUGCCGCCGCCAAUUAUGCUCGCAGUGAUACCAGCGAAGAACUGAAUGUCGAUGGCAACGAUGAGGAGAGCAAUGAUGAGGGAUCACAAGGGACACCGUCGGUCUGUCCGGUUGAUUUAACCCGUUCGGUGCCGAAUGGACAUGUUACCUCAACAACCAACUCACCGACAUCGACCUCCUCAGGACCAACAUCAGCAGCGGCGACGACAACAACAACCACCACCAGCGAAAAAGAGACAACAAAACGUUUAGCAUUUUCCGUAGAAAAUAUUUUGGAUCCAACAAAAUUUACGGGAAAAAUGCAACAACAACACUAUGCAAAUCAACGUCAAUGGAGUUGUAGUGGCAGCAGCAACUACGACCGAGACGAGGAAAUGCACGAUGAUGAACACAGUGAAGAUAUGUCGGCCCAAGACCUUAAUGACAUGGACCAGGAUGACAUGUGUGAUGAUGGCAUGAGUGAUAUUGAUGAUCAUACGAGUGAGACAGAUUCGAAAAAGGGUGAUGGCCGUUCCGGUGAUGGAAAAUCGAAUAGCAGUGGUGGUGGUGGUUCAAAGCCCCGGCGAGCCCGCACCGCAUUUACAUAUGAACAAUUGGUGUCCUUGGAGAAUAAAUUUAAGACAACCCGGUAUCUGAGUGUGUGCGAACGUUUGAAUUUGGCAUUGAGUCUGUCGCUGACUGAAACACAGGUUAAAAUCUGGUUCCAAAAUCGUCGCACCAAAUGGAAGAAACAAAAUCCUGGCAUGGAUGUGAAUAGCCCGACAAUUCCACCACCCACCGGUUCCUUUGGACCUGGUGCCUAUGCCAGUAGUUUGCUGUACUCACACACCAUGCCCUACUCACCCUACGGCCCAUAUUUCCAUCCCUUGGGUGCGGCACAUCAUUUGAGUCAUUCGCAUUCAUAAAAUUGUAAGAUGCAACAUAAAUUGUUGCAAAUAAUGGAAAUGCGUAAAUAUCAAGGCCUGAGGAAGGAUUAGACUAAUCAACAACAAAAAUGUAAAGAAAAUCCUUUCUUUGAUGCUCGAGACAACAAAAACCAAACAAAUGUGAUGAUAAUUGUAUAGGAAUAAAAGAAAACAAAGAUGAUUAUGAAUUAUAAAAUUCCAUGAAAUUUAAAAAUCAUUUCAAAUCUCCAAAACAAAAAUUCGCUCUGUUCCCGAAACUGCAAGAAUGUAAAACAUUUUACUGAAAUAAUCGAUUUUUUCUUUAUGAUAUCACAAACAUUUCUGGAUUCCUGCAGGUUCUGGAACAGAACAAAUAACAAAAGAAAACCAAGAUAGGGUCAGUGCAAUUUAAUUUUUGUUAAUUCCGAAAAAAAUUGAAAAAUAAAACAUUGUUCAAACACUGCUCUCCCUCUGCUCUAUACAGUUUAAAUGUUCUGUCAAUUACCAGAGUUCUACAAACAGAAAUCUACUUGAAUUUAAAAUUUCCGAUGUAAAUAAAAGCUAUUUAUCUUUCGCCUCAUUAUCGUAUAAUUAUUAUUAUUUCGAUUAUUUAU